AUGUCAUUGUGCCCAUGCGAACCCACACCCACAUUCGGUGCUUUUGAUCAACAGCGAGAGCCUGCAGCUAGCGUCAACCAUUCGACACCUGUGCCUGGCCGAAUCAAAGGCCAAAACAUCCAUCUCGCCCCCUCAUUGGCCAAGCCCCAGCGCCUGCAACUUCUCGUCCCACAGAAAAGCUCUCCUGGCCACAGCAAACUCAAAUGCUCACAACCCUGCCAGUUCCACACGCUGCCUGUUGGCUGUCGAUCACCGGUACAGUCCGAAGCUGCCCUCGAUCAUCCCGUCGGCCUCCACCCACUGCAACCUGCCGCUGAGACAAACGCUUCGAGCAGUCCUGCAGUCAGCAACACCCUCGUCCCCCUCAUCCCCUCAUCCCCUCUUCUCCUCUCUUCCCGCAAUCUUAUUCCCGAUUCCACCUUUUCCAUUGGCGCCAAUGACGUCUCCCGUUUCCCGACUAAGAAAACAUGGCUAGUCAGGAGCACGUCUGAAACUUUGGCCGUAACAGAAAGAAAGCAUCUAGAAACUUCCUUGCAUCUAGCGCAUGGAACGGCUCUCCCGCAUCCCGACGACACAUAG